GCCUGUCGCCCGUCGCCGUCGAGAUCGACGAAGCCGGGCAGGCGAAGGCGUUGAAGGUUGCCGGCGAGCAGAACGGCGCGAAGGUCGAGGCGACCCUGCCGGCACGCACGAUCCUCGUCGCGGCCGGCACGCAGCCCAACACGGUGCUGGCGCGCGAGGAUGCGACGCACGCCUUCAUCGACGGCAAGUAUUUCCGCGCCCUCGACGAGGAAGGCAAUCCGGCGACGCCGGAGCGCGUCUGCAAGCCCGGCGACGUGCGCGUGCUGAUGUAUCGCCACGCCGACAACCGCUUCAUGUCGUUCUUCGGCGACCUGCAUCCUUCGUUCGCGGGCAAUGUCGUGAAGGCGAUGGGCGGCGCCAAGCAGGGCUAUCCGGUGCUGACGCGCUCGAUGACCGCGCUGCCGCUGCCGAAGCGCACGCCGGCGGAAAUCCUCGGCGAGGCCAACCGCGCGUGGCGCGCGCGUGUCGUGCCGCGUCGACCGCCUGACGCCCACCAUCAUCGAGGUCAUCGUCGAGGCGCCGGCCGCGGCGCGCAACUUCGAGCCUGGCCAGUUCUACCGGCUGCAGAACUACGAGGCGCGCUCGCUGCGCGCCGAGGGCACGCUUCUCACCAUGGAAGGCCUCGCGCUGACCGGGGCCUGGGUCGACAAGGAGAAGGGACUGCUGUCGCUGAUCGCGCUGGAGAUGGGUGGCUCAUCCGACCUCUGCGCCAUGCUGAAGCCGGGCGAGCCGGUGAUCGUCAUGGGGCCGACGGGCGCACCCACCGAGAUCGAGCCGGGCGAGACCGUGGUGCUGGUGGGCGGCGGCCUCGGCAACGCCGUGCUGUUCUCGAUCGGGCAGGCCUUCCGCAAGGCCGGCAGCAAGGUGCUGUACUUCGCUGGCUACAAGAAGAUGAUCGACCGCUACAAGGUCGAGGAGAUCGAGGCGGCGGCCGAUGUCGUCGUCUGGUGCUGCGACGAGGCCCCCGGCUUCGCGCCCGGCCGGCCGCAGGACAAGUCGGUCGUCAUCAACAUCGUCGAGGCGAUGCGCCAGUAUGCUUCGGGCGAGCUGGGCGACCAGCCGAUCCCUUACAGCGCCGCCGACCGCAUCGUGGCCAUCGGUUCGGACGGCAUGAUGAACGCCGUGCGCCUGGCGCGGCACGCGGCGCUCAAGUCGUAUCUCAAGCCAGAACACGUGGCCUUCGGUUCGAUCAACUCCCCCAUGCAAUGCAUGAUGAAGGAGAUCUGCGCCCAGUGCCUGCAGCUCCACAGGGACCCGGAGACCGGCAAGGAGACCGUGGUCUUCUCCUGCUUCAACCAGGACCAGCGCCUCGACCUCGUCGACUUCGCCAACCUGCGCCAGCGCCUGCGCCAGAACUCCGUGCAGGAAAAGAUCGGCGCGCUGUGGAUCGACCGCUCGCUCAGGCAACUCGGGGUGCGGGGCUAGACAACCCGUCGUCCUGA